GCGGUGGUGAAACAACGGAUAAAAUGGAUUGUCUAGACAUUUCAAAGUGGUCACCUCUUAUCUCUGAUCUGCAGAAUUAAAGAUCAUUCAUGGAUCCGAAACCACCUUCUCCACCGCAUGUUCUUAUCUUUCCAUGUCCGGCGCAAGGCCAUGUGAACUCCAUGUUAAAGCUGACGGAGCUGCUCCUGCCGGCGGGUCUGCACAUCACCUUUCUAAUAUCCGCCAAAGACCAUGACCGCCUAUCCCGCUUCACCACCGUCCAUUCCCGCCUCAGCUCCUACCCGGGUUUCCGGUUCCACGUCAUUCAUGGUCUCUAUGAAGGCCCCAUAGACACCGAUGAAAAACUCAGUCUGAUGUUAAUUGAUUCUUUGCCUAAAGUAACUACACCCUUGCUCAGAAUGUUGCUUCUCGAUUCUCAGGUGACUUGUUUUAUAGCUGACGGAAUCUUGGGUUUUUCACUGGAUGCGGCGGCGGGUACCGGAGUUCCCGUCAUGUUCUUUCGGACGAUUAGUGCUUGUGCUUUCUGGGCUUACUUUUGCAUCCCUGAUCUCAUAAACUCCGGCGACCUUCCCUUUCAAGGUACAAACUUGGACGAACGAAUAGUCAACGUGAAAGGCAUGGAAGGAUUCCUUCGCCGGCGUGAUCUUCCAAGCUUUUGUCGUUCCGGCUUAAGCAACACCACGUUCCAAGAAGUUAGCAGCAUAACACGCCGGACACCAGAUGCCCAUGCACUCAUUCUCAACACUUUUGAAGAUCUUGAAGGCCCUAUUCUCUCUCACAUACAAAAACACUGCCCAAAUAAUAAUAUUUACACCAUCGGACCACUUCAUGCACACCUCAAAGCCCGAUCCAUAUCAAAAUCCACAUCUUCAAAUAGCUUAUUCCAAGAAGAUAGGACAUGUAUAGGUUGGCUCGAUCAACAUGCACCCAAGUCGGUAUUAUACGUGAGUUUUGGAAGCAUAGCAACACUAACAAGAGACCAACUUAUCGAGUUUUGGCAUGGUUUGGUUAACAGUGAGAAACCAUUUUUGUGGGUCAUUCGAGAGGAUCUUGUUUCGAGUCUUGAUGAUGAAAACAAGGUGCCAAGUGAGCUAGAAAAGGGUACUAAAGAAAGAGGGUAUCUAGUUGGGUGGGCUCCACAAGAAGAUGUCUUAACCCAUUCAGCUGUAGGUGCCUUUUUGACACAUAAUGGAUGGAACUCGACGUUGGAGAGCAUUGUUGAAGGAGUGCCGAUGGUGAGUUGGCCGUUUUUUGCAGAUCAACAACCGAAUAGUAGAUUCGUGGAGGCUGUGUGGAAAUUAGGGUUGGAUAUGAAAGACACGUGUGAUAGAAGGAUAGUUGAGAAGAUUGUAAAAGAAGUAAUGGAAGUUAGGAAGGAAGAGUUUGAAGAAUCCGCCCGUCGUAUGGCGAAACUGGCGAAGGAGUCUGUGAGCAGCGGUGGAUCUUCUUAUAGGAAUUUAGAUCGUUUGAUCGAAGACAUUAAAAUGAUGACUGCUCAAUCUAAUUAA